AGCAGCGCUCGCAGGGUCUGUGCAGAGUUGAGAGGUGAAAACAAAAGCACAUCGACAAGUGCGAUUAAGUUAGUUUAAUAAUUUAAGCCUCAAACUAACCCAGGCUGUUGCUUAUCAUACAGCAGCGUAACGCAAAAGAACGUGAGUGCAAUGACUUCAGAGGUUGAUGAGGAAAAUAAACCGGGUGGAAGGUGUUUACUGGGAAACUGGGUUGAGGAGAGGGCUACUGCAUUGCUAGACAGGACCGGGCCUAGAUCAGGUGUUCAUAAGUACGGACACACAGGGAUUCUUACCUUGGACGUGGCUGCUAAAGUACAGGGGAUCAGUACAUUCAAAGCUACUUUCAAUUCUCCUAAAAGCCUUGAGGUGCGACACAAAGGAAGCCGGGCUGAACUUUUGGAAAAUGACCUCAUCAAAAGAAUAAGAGAUCAGAUACAUGCAGAGAUGAACGCAGAGCCUCCGGCCCCUGAGUUGUGCUCUGUGACCAAAGCAGACUACAAGGCGGAGGGCUUUAAGUCUGUCCGCGCACCACUGACCACAGAUCAUGAUUACACAGCUGAGCAAGCCAUCACAUUUUGGAGUGAUAACUGUCAGAAGAUUCAGGGUGUGACAGCAGUUAAAACUAAGGAUCAUCCAUUUAAAAGAAAUGCCACUUUUAGUACACCGAUCGGCGAACAACUAGAUCAGCUCGACGACACAGUGCUGUACCCAUCAAAAAAUGAUGCUUUGUGACGAAUGAUGGCUUACUUUCACACGGCUGUGCUGUCAAUCAGAGCUGCUCUGUCGCUGCAUUCCUCUUUCAUGCUUUCAGCAGGGAUUAACGUUGGGUAACUAUGGCAACAAGUAAUUUUAGACUUCAUUAAUUCAGUGUUUCCCUUUGUUUUCACAAAAUUUGUUUUCUCUGAGGAACUUGACAGAAAGUCUUUGACCUGGCUCGAUUCCUUAACAAUUUAAUGUUGUUGCUUCAAGGUUAAAUACAUUUAAAUUAUAGUUU